ACGCCUUCGUCCGCUGCCACGUCCAACAUGGCGGCCCUGAGCCGCCCUUCCCAGUGUGCAGCGUGUGCUGGAAGUGACGCGUCACAGACAUUUCCGCUCUUUCUGCAGGAGGAACGGUUGACUGCUGGACGAGGGGGCGCGGUGGAUAUUGACCUUUGGCCCGACCUCGUGUAGCUUCGGAACACAGAGCAUCUCCCCGCAGCCUGCUUCCUCCGGUAGAAUUCGUCUCUGGCGAGAUGUUACUGUUGGUGCUGCUGCUUCCCGUGUGCUGGGCGGUGGAGGUCAAACGGCCCAGAGGCGUCUCCCUCACCAAUCAUCACUUCUAUGAGGAAUCCAAACCUUUCACUUGCCUGGAUGGCUCAGCCACAAUCCCUUUUGAUCAGGUCAAUGAUGACUACUGUGACUGCAAGGAUGGCUCAGAUGAGCCAGGCACAGCUGCUUGUCCUAAUGGCAGUUUCCAUUGCACCAACACUGGCUACAAGCCCCUGUACAUCCCCUCAAGAUGGGUCAACGAUGGCGUUUGUGACUGCUGUGAUGGAACAGAUGAAUACAAUAGCGGAAUCAUCUGUGAGAACACCUGCAAAGAGAAAGGCCGUAAGGAGAGAGAGACUCUGCAGCAGAUGGCAGAGGUCACCCGUGAGGGAUUCCGCCUGAAGAAGAUCCUUAUUGAGGACUGGAAGAAGGCCCGGGAGGAGAAGCAGAAAAAGCUCAUUGAGCUACAGACUAGUAAAAAGUCCCUGGAGGACCAGGUGGAGAUGCUGCGGCUGGUGAAGGAGGAGGCUGAGAAGCCAGAGAAGGAGGCCAAAGACCAGCAUCAGAAGCUGUGGGAAGAGCAGCAGGCUGCUUCAAAGGCCCAGCGGGAGCAGGAAUUGGCAGCCAGUGCCUUCCAGGAGCUGGAUGACGACAUGGAUGGGGCGGUCACAGUAGCCGAGUUGCAGACCCACUCAGAGUUGGACACAGAUGGGGAUGGAGUUCUCUCAGAAGGGGAAGCCCAGGCCCUCCUUGGAGGGGACACACAGAUGGACACCACUGCCUUCUAUGACCGUGUCUGGGCUGCCAUCAGAAACAAGUACCGGUCUGAGGUGUUGCCCACUGAUGUGCCAGUGCCUUCUGAUCCCCAUCUGAUGAAGCCCAAGGAGGAGCAGCCCCUGGUGGCCUCACCAACAGCAGAAGAGGAGGAGGAAGAGGAGGAGACGGACGAGGAGGAAGAGGAUGAAGAGGAAGAAGAUUCCCAGGUGCAGGGGGAGCAGUCCAAGGAGACCCCACCUCCACUGGUGCCACCACAGCCAGCCAGCCCUACAGAAGAGGACAAAAUGCCACCCUAUGAUGAGCAGACACAGGCCUUCAUUGAUGCUGCCCAAGAAGCCCGCGACAAGUUUGAAGAGGCUGAGCGGUCCUUGAAGGAUGUAGAUGAGUCCAUCAGGAAUCUAGAGCAGGAGAUUUCCUUCGACUUUGGUCCUAAUGGAGAGUUCGCCUACCUAUACAGCCAGUGCUAUGAGCUCACCACCAAUGAGUACAUCUACCGUCUCUGUCCCUUCAAGCUCGUCUCCCAGAAACCUAAACUGGGUGGCUCCCCUACCAACCUUGGCACCUGGGGCUCAUGGGCAGGCCCUGAACAUGACAAGUUCAGCACCAUGAAAUACGAGCAGGGCACUGGCUGCUGGCAAGGUCCCAACCGUUCCACCACUGUGCGCCUGCUAUGUGGGAAGGAGACGGUAGUAACAAGCACCACAGAGCCCAGUCGUUGUGAAUACCUCAUGGAGUUGACGACGCCAGCUGCCUGCCCAGAGCCGCCGCCCGAGCUGCCCAUUGAAGGUGACCAUGAUGAGCUAUAGUCCCACUCAACAGAGAGAACCUCAAGGCAUAGAACCAGCCCCCAGCAGUGCUGCCACUUGCACCUCAGUCUGUGGACCAAGACCUGCUCCUCUAGGUCUUCUCCCUCCACCCAUAGGGGCAGGAACUGGGUGGAGGCUCUGUGCCCUGCUGCCAGGAGCCAUGCAGGGCAAAGCCAUGUUCCCAGGCCCAGCAGCUUCCAAAGAUGGAGUAAAGGGGCUCACCCCUUCGACCCCACCUCCAGGGCAUCUGCCUCCUUUUCUGUGGGGACGUGACUUGACCUGUGACCUCAAAACAAUAAAUGUCAUUCCUCUCCCA